UGUGUGAGAACAUAUACUCCAAUAUCACCAUAUAGUCAUUUUCUAUAUCGCACAGAGACAAACCCGCAAUAUAUCCAGUAUAUCCAUAUAUCGCCCAGCCCUAGUCCCACUCAUAAAAGUGUAAAAGUAAGUCAUACAUUAGUAUAUAUGGCCAUAUUUCCUCCCGCUAAUUUUUCAAAUGAAUAUUGUGUUGCAUGAUGUCAUUUUCAAAAAAAGGUCCCGUAUCACCCAGAAGGUUAUAAAUGUGUUGUUAUGACUAUGAUUAUUAUUGGAUUCAUUUAUUUCCGUUCUACUUUUGAAUCAUAUUCAAAGUUGAGUUUGGAUAAUUCACUAAAAACCUUUUCACAUGAACGAAUAAUCCUCUUAUUGAUUGUCAUUUCUAUACCAAUCAAAAAUCAUCGUGAUUCUUAUUUUUGCCACAAUCCUCCAGCCCUCAUUGCUAUGAUAUGUUGUGAUGCGUUGUUGUGUUUUACUGUCAUUGUUGGCGCGCUAACAUGGAUGUUUCCAGAAGCCUAUGUGGAGGUGAUGGUGUCAUGUGACACGCACGCCGCGGUCUGGUCUGCCGCUAAAAAUAACGCGCACACGCAAACAGUGAGUCAACAAGUCAGUGGCAGAGAAGAGAAGACGCGUGAGAAGAGGUGCCACUCUGACUGACUUGUCAUGAUGUUGGAGAGGAAGGUUCCUGUUCCUGUUCCCGUUCCUGUUCCUGUUGCUGCCUACGACGUGACGGCAGUGAGGAGUGUGUGGGAGGUGCGUGUGAGGAAACAUCUUCUACAUCAGAGGAAGGAACAGGACAGGAAGGAGAGGAGCGCCCUGGCCAGGAUUGAGCAACAAUGGCAGUAUUUUAUCUACUGCAAGACGCUGAAAACACACGAACGCAACCUGCUGGACACUUACCUCACCAGAUCUACUCUACACACACUCACUGCAGAGAAUCCGUCCAAUCAGGAGGCAGAUGUGCAGCGAGCACAGUGUGACAGUCCAGAUGUGAGUAACCAUGGUGACAAGAGGUUGCUGUUCCAGCUGCAUGGUGACCAGUGGAAGGACUUCCCGAGGGAACUGCAGUGGAUGACAUAUUUACGGGAGUGGCACGUGACGGACACCAAGAUCCAGAAGCUUCCGGACUACUUGUCAUGUUUCACACAACUCAGCGUGUUGGAGAUGCCCAAGAACGACCUGAAGGAGCUUCCGGCCGCCAUCGGACAACUGAGCGCGCUGAGGCAGCUCAAUGUCAGCUACAACCGUCUGUCCGCCAUUCCUGCCCAGCUGGGCCUCUGUGACAACCUGGAGAGACUAGAAGUCUGUGGAAACUUCAACCUGUGCCAGCUUCCUUUUGAGCUCAGUGGCUUGAAGAAGUUGCGUCACCUGGACGUGUCUCAGAACAACUUGGCCUCCAUUCCUGUCUGCACACUCAGGAUGUCAUCUCUGCAGCUGCUAGACCUGAGUGACAACAUGCUAACUGACCUGCCACAGGACAUGGACAGACUCCAGCAGCUGCAGACGUUGUUUGUGCACAAGAACCACCUGACGUAUCUUCCUCAGUGUCUCACCAACAUUCCCACACUCAGCAUGGUGGUGGUCAGCGGCCAGGACCUGACUUGUGUUCCCACACACCUGUGCAGCAACCCUGCCAUCAAGUUCAUCCGACUGUACGACAGUCCGGUGGGCGACAGGAAGACGACACAGGUGAGUGGGAGGACGAGGACGAGGACAGAGGAGCCGAGCAGGGACAGCAGCCAGAAGGAGUUCCUGGAAGUCUAUGUGGACACGCUGAAAGACCGAGAGGACGUCCCGUACGCCACCACCAAGGUGUCCAUUUCCUGUCUGCUGUGAGCAACACAGCCAUGCUAACAUGCUAAUGCUAAUCCCUGUGUUGCUACGUGACACAGCAAACAGCAGUUCUAAGCACUAAUGCUUUAUGAGGGCAGAAAUCAUUUUGUCAAGAUGAACACAAAGCGCUAACGCUUAGCCCUCGCUACGCUACUAGCGACAUUCCUCUCCCGCUCAAACUCACUGGAAAGAUGGAUUUCAUCCACACAUUUUGUGGAUAUCUUUGUCCUGGCUCAUAAACACAUCCUGCUCUGCCAGAGAAUAAGAAGACAAAGUCAAGUCGCUAGAUUCAGAAAACUUGAUUCAUACCAUGAAGAAAGGAUAAUACUUCUUAAUAUGAAAUAUUUAGUGAAUAAUAUAUUCAGUGACUAAAUAUUUAUUUACAUUUAGCAACAUGUAUUUAGAUAUAAUUAGCAACUAAUAUACUUAACAAUUAACAUAAACAUGAAUAACAUAUUCAUGUUUUUAGGGACUUAAUAUUUAGAGACUAAUUACUUAUCAAUGUUGAAUAUUUUAAUAAAUAUUUAGCAACUGAUAUGCUGAAGAAUAUUUUGCGACUAACAUAAUUAUACAUAUUUAGCAACUAAUUAUAUUUUGCGACUGAAAUAUUCAUAAAUAUUUAGCGACUAAAAUACUUAUAUUUAGCAACUGCUAACAUAAAAUUAGUGACUAAUAUAUUCAUACAUUUUAGCAACUUAAUAUUAAUAUUUGGAGGCUAAAUACUUACCAAUGUUUAGUGUUGGAUAUUUUUAUGAAUAUUUAGAUAGUGAUGUACUUAAAACAUUUUCGUGACUAAUUAUAAAUCUUUAGCGACUAAUUACUUAUCAAUGUUUAGCACUGAAUAUUUUUGAGUAUUUAGCUACUGGUAUCUUAAAAAUAUUUAGCAACUAAUUAUAAAUAUUUAGCAACCAUUGUAUCUAUCAAUAUAUUUAGCAAACUAAUAUGUUUAUAAACAAUUAGCAACUAAUUAUUUAUCAAUGUUUAGCACUGGAUGUUUUUUAAUAUGUAGCUACUGAUAUCUUAAAAAUAUUUAGCAACUAAUAAAUAUUUAGCAACUAUUGUAUCUAUUAAUGUAUUUUGCAACUAAUAUAUUUAAAAAAAAAAAUGUAACAGGUAAUUAUCAAUGUUUAAGCACUGCAUAUUGUUAUGAAUAUUUAGCUACUGGUGUACUUGAAAAUAUUUUGCGACCACCAUAUUUUCAAAUAUUUAGCUACUAAAAUAUUUGCGACUAUUUAUCGACUAAUAUCAAUAUUUAGUAUACAACAUAUUUAUAAAUAACUACAAAUAUAUAAAUACAUAUUUAGUGCCUUAUGUUUGUAAAUAUUUAGUAACUGAUAUCUUAAAAAUAUUUAGCAACUAAUUAUAAAUAUUUAGCAACUAUUGUAUCUAUUAAUAUAUAUAUAGCAUCUAAUAUAUUCAUAAACAUUUAGCAACUAAUUACUUAUCAAUGUUUAGCACUGGAUAAUUUUUCAUAUGUAGCUACUGAUAUCUUAAAAAUAUUUGGCAACUAAUUAUAAAUAUUUAGCAACUAUUGUAUCUAUCAAUAUAUUUAGCAACUAAUAUAUGUUUUAAAUAUCCAUCCAUCCAUCUUCUUCCACUUAUCCGAGGUCGGGUCGCGGGGGCAGCAGCCUAAGCAGGGAAGCCCAGACUUUCCUCUCCGCAGCCACUUGGUCCAGCUCUUCCCGGGGGAUCCCGAGGCGUUCCCAGGCCAGCCGGGAGACAUAGCCUUCCCAACGUGUCCUGGGUCUUCCCCGUGGCCUCCUACCGGUUGGACGUGCCCUAAACACCUCCCUAGGGAGGCGUUCGGGUGGCAUCUUGACCAAAUGCCCGAACCACCUCAUCUGGCUCCUCUCCAUGUGGAGGAGCAGCGGCUUUACUUUGAGGUCCUCCCGGAUGACAGAGCUUCUCACCCUAUCUCUAAGGGAGAGACCCACCACCCGGCGGAGGAAACUCAUUUGUACCCGUGAUCUUGUCCUAUCGGUCAUAACCCAAAGCUCAUGACCAUAGAUGAGGAUGGGAACGUAGAUCCACCGGUAAAUUGAGAGCUUUGCCUUCCGGCUCAGCUCCUUCUUUACCACAACGGAUCGAUACAGCGUCCGCAUUACUGAAGACGCCGCACCGAUCCGCCUGUCGAUCUCACCAUCCACUCUUCCCUCACUCGUGAACAAGACUCCGAGGUACUUGAACUCCUCCACUUGGGGCAAGAUCUCCUCCCCAACUUGGAGAUGGCAUUCCACCCUUUUCCAGGCGAGAACCAUGGACUCGGACUUGGAGGUGCUGAUUCCCAUCCCAGUCGCUUCACACUCAGCUGCGAACCGAUCCAAUGAGAGCUGAAGAUCCUGGCCAGAUGAAGCCACUAGGACCACAUCAUCUGCAAUAAGCAGAGACCUAAUCCUGCAGCCACCAAACCGGAUCCCCUCAACGCCUUGACUGCGCCUAGAAAUUCUGUCCAUAAAAGUUCUGAACAGAAUGGGUGACAAAGGGCAGCCUUGGCAGGGGAGGAUGCCGGACAGACCUGGCAGGCCCAAACGCAUUGUGAGGGUCUGCUGGGAACGUCUGGCAGAGUCUCCUGUCAGAGAGAGUUUCAAUUCCCACCUCCGGAAGAACUUUGAACAUGUCACGAGGGAGGUGCUGGACAUUGAGUCCGAGUGGACCAUGUUCCGUACCUCUAUUGUCGAAGCGGCUGAUUGGAGCUGUGGCCGCAAGGUGGUUGGUGCCUGUC